GUGCGCGGGAGAAGCCUCGGGGUGGCAGUUGGUUGCUGUGGUCCGGGCCGCGGCUGUGGAGGAGGAUGUUUCACGGGAUCCCAGCGAGUAACAUCACCUCAGGCAACAGACCAGAGCUGUACGAGGAAGUCAAGUUGUAUAAGAAUGCCAGAGAGCGAGAAAAGUAUGAUAACAUGGCGGAGCUGUUUGCUGUGGUGAAGACCCUUCAGGCUCUGGAGAAAGCUUACAUCAAGGACUGUGUCACUCCCAAUGAGUACACGGCUGCCUGCUCUCGGCUGCUGGUCCAGUAUAAAGCCGCGUUCAGACAGGUCCAGGGCUCUGACGUCAGCGCCAUCGAUGAAUUCUGCCGAAGAUACAGACUGGACUGCCCGUUGGCAAUGGAAAGGAUUAAGCAAGAUCGUCCGAUUACAAUCAAGGACGACAAAGGGAAUCUGAACCGUUGUAUCGCAGACAUUGUGUCGCUGUUUAUCACAGUGAUGGAUAAGCUGCGUCUGGAGAUCAGGGCGAUGGACGAGAUUCAACCUGAUCUGCGGGAGCUGAUGGAGACCAUGAACCGGAUGAGCAAUCUGCCUCAGGACUUCGAGGGGAAGCAACGAGUCAGUCAGUGGUUGCAGACACUCACUGCGAUGUCAGCCUCAGACGAACUGGAUGAUUCUCAAGUGCGACAGAUGCUGUUCGACCUGGAAUCUGCGUACAACUCCUUCAACCGCUUCCUGCAUGCCUCCUGAGCCCAUCUCUGUCUGUAAAUACUUCAUCGCUGGGCUUCAUCUCCUGAUCAUUACAGUGUGGCUUGUACCUAGGAUCUUCGUUUUCUUAGAGACACUAAAAUAAGGUGUAAUUCAUUCUUUAUACUUGAGAUUUGCAAUGAUUUUCUGAACAAUUCUACAGGAUGCCCAAUGCCUCACUUGCCACCUCACCUGUCCAUUCCCUCCUUCUAACAAUAUAUCUGUAGAUAAUC